AUUUCUCUCAAAUUGGCAUAAAACUUCUAUUUGAUUGGUACUCUUGUGUUUUUUUCUUUACUUCUACACUGGGUUUCAUCCCACACAUCCAGACUGAGGACAUGGAGCAGGGAUCCAGGACCCUGAGCUUGUCACUGAAUCGCUAUGUGGUCUUUACUUCCUUUAGCUUCAAGAGUAGACUGGCAGAUGUGAUUUGCCCGAUAAUUGUGUUUGAAAAUUGUUUAAAAAAUUAUUUAGUUCUGUUCUUGGAUCCUUAGCAUUACAUUUAUUAAAAGAGAUAAGUGCAAAGUAGACCUCUAAGUUUUUCUGGCAGGUAUCAUUGAAUAGCACCCAUGGCCAGCACGUGCUUUUCUCUAGUUGAUUUCAGAUGAUGAAAACUGGAGGGUGGCAGGAAUUUUUUUAUUCCUUACAUUCCUCUACUUUCUUUUAUUCCAGCAAGCUAUAGUGGCUCAGAAAACAAUGGAGUCCUGAAAAUAUAUGUAAGCUUCCCUAUUCUCUCUUGCAUUAUUUGGAAGCUGUUCUUAGAAGACAGUUUCUGGCCUGGCCACUUUAUUUACUUAUUUUGGAUUCCUUAAAAAUUAAAAAAAAUUUUAUACAGUUUUUAAAGGCUACUUUCUAUUUACAGUACUACAAAAUAUUGGCUAUAUUCCCUGUGUUGUACAAUAAAUACAUCCUUAAGCCUAUCUUACACCCAAUAGUUUAUACCUCUCAUUCCCCUACCCCUUAUUGCCCACCUCCCCCCCCCCCCGGUAACCACUAGUUCUCUAGUCUGUGGGUCUGCUUCUUUUUUUAUUAUAUUCACUACUAAUUUGUUGUACUUUUUAGAUUCCACAUAUAAGCAAUAUCAUACAGUGUUUAUCUUUGUCUGACUUAAUUCACUUAGCAUAAUGUCCUCCAAGCCUGUCCAUGUUCCUGCAAAUGGCAAAAUUUUAUUCUUUUUCAUGGCUGGGUAAUAUUUCAGUGUGUAUGUGUGUACAUACAUACAUACCACAUCUUUAUCUGUUCAUCUGUUGGUGGGCACUUGGGUUGCUUCCAUGUCUUGGCUGUUGUAAAUAGUGCUGCUAUGAACAUUGGGGUGCAUGUGUCUUUUUAAAUUAGUGCUUUUGUUUUUUUCGGAUAUAUACCUAGGAGUGGAAUUGCUGGGUCAUAUGGUAGUUCUAUUUUUAGUUUUUUGAGAAACCUAGGAUGGCCACUUUAAAUCUAAUAGGUGAGGAAAAUUGAACUUCUAUAUAUGUUUAUUGUUUGGGUAUUUUAAACAAUAUGAUUCAAUUGUCAAGGCAUUUGAACUGUCCAAUGACCUAUAUAAAAGCUUUUUUUUUUUUUUUUUCUGGUUUCUCACCCUUACUUUACUUUGGUCUCUAUGGAGGUUUGGGCUGAGGGAGGUAAGCAUGUCAGUGUUACUGACCUUGCUGGGCUCACAGCAGCCCUUCCAUGCUUGGUGAAUUUUGAUGUCCUGGAGAGACGUUUCAACAAUGAGAUUUAAGGGUCUUCCCUUCCCCUCUGUGCUGUUGUGGGUAAGAAUGUCGACUUGGAAGCAGCAGUGCCUGGGUGUGAAACUGGCUCCACUGACCCAAGGUGCCUCGUUUCUCACCUGUAAAAUAAAAAUAGUGCUGUUAUAUGAACCUCAUAGGGUGUUAGGAGGAUGGAGUGUGUGUGUGUGUGUGUGUGUGUGUGUGUAGAAAGCUUAGAACAGUGUCAGGCACACAGUAGAUGCCAUGUAAGUGUUGGUAAUGAACUGAUGAUGAUGGGUAAGAUACCAGAAGAUGAGUGCUACAGGAAAAAAUAGAGCAGUAAAUGGGGAUAGUGGAAACCUGCAGGGAUGCAGUUUUAAAAAGGAUAAUGGGGAAAGCCUCCAUCCGGAGGUAAAUUUGAGUAAAUGUGGGGGUGGGUAGAGAAGUAGAGGAGGGUGUAGGGGUGCAGAGGCAGUGGGUAAGGAGGUCAGAGAGGUAACUGAGGGACACACUGACAGACAUAGCAAAUGCUGAAGGUUGUUGUUUUUAACUUGGGAAUUCUCUUUUGGAAAAUUUCAAACGUACAAGUAGAGAGAACAGGACAUGUGACCCUCUCCCACCUCCAGCAACGGUCAGCCUGGCCAGUUGUGUUUCGUCCACAUCCCCCACUGGCAAUUCCCACUGUAUCAUUUUAAAGCAAAUUCAACAAAUUCUAUCAAUUAUUUCUAAAUCCUUCUGUAUAUAUUUCUAAAAGGUAGGCACUUAACCAAACAUGACCAUGAUACUUAACCUGACUGUGUUUCCCGUCUGUAAAUCAGGCCUAGCAGACCCUCCCUUGCAAUACUUGUGUCCAGAUACAGGUGAAUGCCUGCGGCCCGCAGUGUGGGGUCUGGCAAGUGGUGCCCAGUUACUCAGCCAUCUCGCUGGUGAUGCUGUCUUUGGUGGCCCUUGGGGUUUGUUCUUUUUCUCGAUAGUUCAGUCGUGGCAUCUUCACCUCCACUUACUCUCUCCCUUCUCCGUACCUACUUUGGGUGCAUUUAUUCAGUACGCCCUUUAUCUGCUCUCUGUUGAUGCUUUGAACUUUCAGUGCCUUUGUUCACAGCCGACUGACAGCUUUGCUCUUUUGAUCCCUGUAGCCCAUGAAAUACCAGGGCUCUCUAUUCUCCCCAGACCUUCCAGAAGGGAGUCGGAUACUUGUCCCAUUUCGUUUUUUCAACAGCAUUAUUGAGAUUGAGAUAGAAUUCACACACCGUACAAGUCACCCAUUUAAAGUGCACAAUCCCGUGGUUUCAGUAUAUUUGCAGACAGGCACCGGCUCUACCGCAGUUGAUUUGAGAACAAUUACAGCCUCAAAAAAAGAUACCACCCUGGACCUUUUAGCUCUCACCCCCAUCUUCCCAUCCCCCAAAGCAACUCUUAAUCUUCUCUCUGUCCCUAUGGCUUUGCCUGUUCUGGAUAAUCCAUAAAUAAAUAGAGGUGAAAUGUAUUUUGUCCCUGACUUCUUUCACUUAGUAUGAUGUUGUCAGGGCUCAUCCACAUUGUGGCAUGUGUUAGUGCUUCACUUCUCACUGUGGCUGGAUAAUAUUCCACUGUAUGGCCAUAGCACACUUGGCUUGAGCACUCCUCAGCUGAUGGAUAUUUGGGUUACUUCCACUUCUUAGCUGUUACGAAUAACACCGCCAUGAACACUUGUGCAUGGAUAGAAAUAGCCAAUCACUGUGUAGUGUAACAGGAACUAAUGUGGUAUUGUAGGUCAAAUAUACUUCCAAAAAAACCAAACAAACUCAUAGAAAAAGAGAUCAGAUUUGUGGUUAUCAGAGGUGGGGGUGGGAAAUUAGGAGAGGGGGAACUGGAUAAAGGCAGUCAAAAGGUACAAACUUCUAGUUAUAAGAUAAAUAAGUAAUAGGGAUGUGAGGUACAACAUGAUAAAUACAGUUAAGAUUGCUGUAUGUUAUCUGUGAAAGCUGUUAAGAGUAAAUCCUGAGUUCUCAUCACAAGAAAAAACUUUUUUCUCUGAUUUUGUACCUAUAUGAGACGAUACAGUAAACCUACUGUGCUAAUCACUUCGUGAUGUAUGUAAAUCAAAUCAUUAUGCUGUGCACUUUAUACACUGCUAUAUGUCAGUUAUAUUGCAGUUUAAGAAAUUUUCAUGUACAAGAUUUCACGGUAACAUACACUUUCAUUUCUCUUGGGUUUAUAGCCAGGAGUGGAAUUGUUUGGUCAAAUGGUAACUGGAUGUCGAACCAUUUGAGGAACUGCCAGAAUGUUUUCUCACAUGGCUCCCCAUUUUAUUUUGCCCAAAUAUGGAAAUCUAGCCAUCUUUCAAGUACAGGUACCUGCCCUUACUUUGGGUAAAUUUUUGUAUUAAUAUUUUUUCUAAGUCUUAUUUAGUUAUCUUUUUUGGUUUGUUAUUGGUUUUUUAAUGUAUUUUUUAAAACAUUUUUUUUGAGUAGAACAUGACUUGAGCAGUGGUCCCCAAAGUGGAACGGGAUGACUCAUUGGAAAACAAGAACAAAAUGCUAUUUUCAAUUAUGCUUUAUAAUUACAUAAUGUAUUAGAAUAGCUGUGCAUAUGUAAGGUUUAUAAAUAAAUAGUCCUAUAUUAGAGAUGUAUGUGCAAAGAUUUUUUUUUUUCACAAAUAGGAAAUUGUAAUCAUAAAAUUCUGGGGACAACUGUUCAAAGGGCAUGGAAUCGAAUAUAUAUAGCUGAGUGGAUCUUAAUCCCACAUUUUGUGACAAAUUGAAGGGGAAAUUCUUAAAAUUACUUUGCUAAUGAAAUUGAAAAUAUCCUGCUAAUUUUAGCCCAAGUGGAACAUGUAAAUACCAGGGGAAGGAGGUUUGGAUCAGGUGUUGGGCUUUUGUUUUUGUUGUACUUCUGCUGAUUACUAAUGGUGAGACUUGGGGCAAAUCCCCUAACGGUCUCCAUUUCAGUUGCCAAAUUGGCCUCAUAACACCUGAAAUAUCGGAAGUUAUCAUUGUGCAGAGUGAGAGUAGUAAGCGUGACAUAAGCAGUGACCACAGGAAGUUAGUCAUCUGUGCAUCUUGGGCAACCUUACAGUUUUCUUAGGCAAAUAUCUGGUGUUCCUUGAUCUUUGCCCUGGUUGGGUGUUCCCCUUCUCACCCCACCCUGCUUUCUGUCCUUCCUCUGUGUUCUCGACAACAGACCUUCAAAAUUAAGGGUCAUUGCCAAAGGUUAAAUUGGUCAGAGAGGAGCCGUGUGAUGCCACCAGCCACCAUUGCAAUCUGGUGCUUUUGGUGUGAGAACACGGUGUUCAGCACAUGCUGCAGCGGAGAUGUGCAGCUGUCUGAAAACUGCAGCUUACUCCAAUUCCUGGCCACUGUCGUGGAAGCUAUGGAGUUGCAUUAUUGGGCGUCUUGAUGGUUUCUGUGUGACAUGUGAUAGCUUAACUCUGUAGACAUCCUUGGGGGAAUGUGACCUUUGAUUAAAGUCAAAACAUGAGGGGAAGCAGAGACAGAAAGAUGGAAAGAGGUUCUGGGGAACUGUGUUAACCAAACAGCCCACACACUGUGGUUAUGGACCAUUUCACGCACUGCUUGCUUUUGUCUCUUACUGGGCAUGCUCAGUAAGACACCAUAAAAUUGAGAGAAAUGAAUUUGCCCUUUACCCUCAACUCUUGUGAUUUCUAUUCUCUAACAUUCUUUAUUCCAAGGAAAUGGUUGGCAGACAUUCUAGGUCAUGAUCUCCAAUGUCAUCUACAAGAUGAUGUCUAAUCUUGACUUCCGUUCCUGGACAACAGAAAUAAUCAGCCUAACCAUGCUUAGGCACUAUUGGCUAGUUUGUUCAUUCUUUCAUUCAUACAGUCAAAGAAUAUAUUUAUUGAGCACCUAUUAUGUGCCCCAUCUAGAUACUGGGGACAGAGCAGUGAUCAGAAUAAGUUUUUAAAAAAUUGCUCUCAGAGAUUUUACAUUCUAAUGAGUGUUAGUCAUUGAGGAUAAAUAAAAUGGGGACUAGAGCUAAGGAGUAAGGAGGAAAAACUAGACUUGGGGAGGGGAGAAGAACUGUUGGGGAGCCGUUUUUUACCGGGUGAGCAGGGGGUGUGUCACUAAGACAGUGACAUUAAAGGUGAGUCUUUUCUCUGAUGUUCCCUGGUAUGUCUUCCAGUACUCGGUAGUGCUGAGGCAGAGAAAGUCAUAAAUCCUAAACUUGACACACUUGUGCCUGUUCAUGGAGUAUCUUCAAAACUGUUAGGGGUAUUCGGAGCUAAAGCUAUUCAUCCACUGUCAGAGCGCUGGCUGCUUAUGGUCUGCAAGACUUUCGUGAGGUCACUAGAGUUCAUGGUGGCUCAUGCCCGGCUGAUCAUCCGCCCCUCCUGUAAAGAUUGCAUGUUUGCCAGGUGCAAAGACACUGUGGCUCUGCAGUGGCCCUGGUGAUGCAGUCAUUCUCAAUGGGACCAGUGACCGCGCUGGGCAGGGACCUUCCAGAAUGAAUGGGGGUGGGGGGAGUCCUGGAGUCCCUGCGUUGUCUCGGGCCUUUGCUGCUGCACGUACGUUAACUAGUAAUCUGGCCUGUGCUUACCCUCAGUAGGACAGUCUCAAUAGAAAUGAUGGUAACUUUUGUAGCUGGAUUUCUCUUCCUUUAAAAUGUGUUUAGAAAUUGAUUUUGUUUUUGCACCUAAGCAUCUCUGAUUCAGAGGAGCUCAUUUAUGAUGGUGGGAAGGGCUUGAGAAGAUGCCUAGCUAGCACUUCUCAGGUUCAUGUUAUUCAUUGCCUGCCAGCACCCAAAAUGUCUGAAUGUGUGUUUAGGCACUACCUCCCCUCCCCCAGAAUGUAAGCUGCCGGAGGGCUUAUAUGUAUCAGGAAGUGAGAGCUAGCGUGAUGAAAAUUAAGCAAGGUGAUGUGAUAAGGAGUAACCAGGGAACUACUUUAAGAGAGGCAGUUAGGAAAGACUUCUUUGAGGAAGUAAUUCAUAAACCCAGGCAUGCAUAAAACGGGAAGGAGCCAGACGUGCGGUCAUUUGGGGGAACAGCGAGCGUUCCAGGCGGAGGGCUGAGAACAGGGCCGAUAGUGUGGGCAGGAGCUUGUAGGACCCAGGAGCUUGCUGUGUGGUCGGGACUUAGGGAAAGUGGACCCACGAGAGAGGUCUGCAGGACAGGAUGGUGUCACGCCUUAAGGACAAGAUAAACUUCCCAGCCCUCCACCCUGUCACUUGGUGAGUUCAAGGUCCGAAUCCAAUAGGACAGCAGGAUUCACACCAGCCCCGAGCCUAGAAGAUGGUAUCACAGUUUGCAGGCUGCCGGGACUCUCCAGAGGACCCCUGGGAAGGGGUCAGCGAUGACCCUGGUGACACUGAUGGUUCGCCCAGCCUCCUGGACACUGACCACACCUCUUGCCAAUCAGACAUCAGGUUCACGAGGCACAGGGCUGCCUGGAUUAACCCCCAGUGUGUGCAGCUGCAGGAUCUGCCCAGCCAGGUGCCAGCAGUGGGAGACAGUGAGAGCCACGUUGUGGGGGACGCCACCUCUCCCCGGGGCCCUUCACUGUUGUCUGCAGGGGACUCCCUGGUGGAGACAUCACUGCUGAAGGGCACUGCGGACUCCACAGGCAGCUGCUCUGCCCAGGGCUCAGGAGAGAAGAGCGGGGACUUCUCUCUUACCUCAGCGGGAGAGCGGGCCGUGCUCCCAGGACGCGGUCCUCAGACGUCUCUGUUCACAAGCCCCAAGAUUUUGGCCGCUUCCCCAGGUCCUGAGGCCGACAGUGCUUUUUUCAAGCCUUCCCACCUGACAGCUCCCGCUGAUGAAGGUGCUGUUCACGUCAGCGGAAGAAACGUCCCUUUGAAUUCCUUCUCCCCGGAGGCAUUCGUGCUCCCUGUCGAUGUUGAAAAGGAAAAUGCCCACUUUUAUGUUGCCGAUAUGAUUAUAUCAAUCAUGGAGAAAAUGAAGUGUGAUAUUCUGAGUCAGCUGCACGCAGAGAGCUGGAGUACGGGAGAGGCUGGUGGGUCACUUGGGAACGAUCAAGUAGACCCUGAAGUGACCUUUUACACCAACGUGAAGCAGGAAUCUGGGUCUUCCACUUCGUCGGACAGUGGCUACGAAGGUUGUGCUGUGUUACAGGUCAGCCCAGUGGCUGAAACAUCUACUUCCUAUGAUGUGAUGCAGGAGGACUGCAAAGGUGACUUGGAUGAAUUCGUUAUCGUAGAGCUUGGAGAGUUUAGCGACAUCACAGAGACCUGUGAAUGUUCCUGCGGCUCCUCUAAGAGUGUUGUUUAUGAGCCAAACUUCAAUUCUGCUGAGCUACUCGCCAAAGAGCUCUACGGAGAAUUCCGGAAGUGCUGGGUGUCCUCAGGAGUUAACCAUCCGCUGGCAGGCUCCCUGAAUCCGGCCGGCUCAGUAGUUGUGGAUGAAGAGCAUCUUGGGAAAGACUUUGAAUCCAGCAUGGAUAUACUGGAGGAAAUUAAACUGAAGUCGAGGAUCAGAGGGACUGAAGACUGGGCGCCCCCAAGGUUUCAAAUCAUAUUUAAUGUUCAUCCACCACUCAAGAGGGACCUCGUGGUAGCAGCCCAGAACUUCCUCUGCGCCGGCUGCGGAACUCCGAUAGAACCUAGGUUUGUGAAGCGGCUCCGGUACUGCGAAUACCUGGGCAGGUACUUCUGUGACUGCUGCCACUCGUACGAGGAGUCCUGCCUCCCUGCCCGGGUCCUCAGGCUGUGGGACUUCAGGAAAUGCUAUGUCAGCAACUUCUCCAAACGGCUGCUGGACGGCAUCUGGCACCAGCCCAUUUUCAAUCUGCGGAACAGCAGCCACAGCCUCUAUACGAAGGCCAAGGAGCUGGACAGAGUGAGGGAACUCCAGGAGCAGCUAUUCCAUGUCAAGAAGCUGUUGAAGACCUGCAGGUUUGCUGAAAGUGCGUUACAGGAGUUUGAGCAGGUGCCUGGACAUUUGACUGAUGAACUCCACCUGUUCUCCCUGGAGGACCUGGUCAGGGUCAAGAAAGGGCUGCUGGCACCCUUGCUCAAGGACAUCCUGAAAGUUUCCCUUGCGCACGUGGCUGGCUGUGAGCUGUGUCAAGGAAAGGGCUUCAUUUGUGAAUUCUGCCGGAGCACAGCUGUCAUCUUUCCAUUUCAGACCGCGACAUGUAGAAGAUGCUCAGCAUGCAGAGCCUGCUUUCACAAGCAGUGCUUCCAGUCCUCCGAGUGCCCCCGGUGUGCGAGGAUCAGAGCGAGGAGAAGACUUUUGGAAAGUUUGCCCUCCGCAGCGACAUGAUGCCCUGAGUAUUGCGAGAAGGACUGUUCACACGCCUUAUGACCAUGUCGUCUGUGUCUACUAUUGAUAGCAUGGUUUUAUUAUUGAGUAUUGUCUAUUAAGAAAAAAGAUGGCCAAUAUUCUCUUUAUUAUAUAUAUUUAAUAUUUUAAAAGAAGGAAGAUUCUUUGGUAUUUAGCAUAGGGUUGUUACUGGUGGUUUUGUUUACAAAUGUUCAAUGUUUUUGCUGCUACAGGUUUUUUAAAGUUUUUUUGAUAUUUCUGAAAUUGUAUUUGAAUCGUUGUAUUUAGUGAAUGGUGGAGCCUAUUUUGUAUGAAUUGUAACUGACAAGAUGAAUUACUCAGUUCCUCUUUCUGUAAACUUGUUUUGUGAAAGGGAUUUGUACUUUCAACGAACAGAAAUGCAACCAAAAAUCUGUUUGCUCGGGCUUUUCCCCCCCUAACUUAAAUGCCAUUUUGUAAUUGUA